GUAUUGUGGUGCCGUCCCUGCACUGGCUCGCUCGUGCUCGUCGCUCCUAUCGCUCCUAAUCGUCGUCGUCCGCAGCGGCACUGUCUCCUUCUGGUCAGAUCAUCGUCCGGACGACUUUGUGCACAGAAGCGCACCUUUUGGUUGCGGUUGUUCCGUCGAGGCAGUGGAACAGUUCAUCUGAGCAGUGACAAUGCUUCGCCAAGGAACGAACCUGGUGCUGGCUGCUGCCCAGCAGCCACAGAUCCAACAACGUAACAUGGCUACUCUGAAGGCCAUCUCCAUGAGGUUGAAGUCGGUCAAGAAUAUUCAAAAAAUCACACAGUCCAUGAAGAUGGUCUCAGCAGCUAAGUACAACAGGGCCGAGCGAGAGCUUAAACAGGCCAGGCCAUUGGGUCAGGGCUCCAAAACUUUCUACGAGCAAGCUGAGAUCACGGCUCCCGAGACCGAGCCCAAGAAACUCCUGGUUGCAGUGACUAGCGAUCGAGGUCUCUGUGGUGCUGUGCACACCGGCGUGUCCAGAACCAUUCGCGAUCAGCUGCUCGCCAAUCCGACCGAACGCGAGAAUACCAAGAUUGUUUGCAUUGGGGAGAAGUCGCGUGCCAUCCUUCAGCGCCUGUUUGGCAAGAAUAUUCUUUUUGUCGCGUCUGAGGUUGGUCGUAAGCCUCCCACGUUCAAUGAUGCUGCCAGAGUCGCUGCUGAGAUUAUGAAUAGCGAAUACACAUAUGGAUCUGGCAAAAUUAUCUACAACAGGUUCAGGUCUGUUGUAUCCUACGUCACCGACAAUUUGCCAUUGUUUGAUAAGGGUGCGGUUGUUGCUGCGCCCAAGCUUUCCGUUUACGACUCGUUGGACGACGAGGUGAUCCAAUGUUAUUUGGAAUUCUCCUUGGCGUCUAUGCUAUUCUACUCGAUGAAAGAGGGGGCAUGCAGCGAACAAUCUAGCCGAAUGACUGCCAUGGAUAAUGCCAGCAAAAACGCUGGAGAGAUGAUUGACAAGCUUACUCUCACCUUCAAUCGUACCAGACAGGCCGUUAUCACCAGGGAGCUUAUUGAAAUUAUUUCUGGUGCUGCUGCAUUGGAAUAAUAAGUUUCAUAAAACUUUUAUUAGAAUAUUCUAAGAACAGAAAAAAUAGGAAUAAAAACUGUCAACGCGGAAUACUUGGUCGAAAAAACUUCCUUUCUACGAAAGAGUUAAUAAUCAAUGUAAAUGUAUUGUUUCUGUAACUACCACUUACAGUCUUCUUAAUUCCAUCAAAGUUGCUGUGUGGUGACUAAUAAAUUAAAAUACACUAUUA